AUGGAGCAGAUCAAUGAGACAGCAGUGACGGAGUUUAUUUUCCUUGGCUUCUCCUCUCUAGCCGGACUGCAGCGGCUGCUCUUCUUGGUAUUCCUGCUCCUCUACCUGUUCACCCUGAGCACCAAUGCCAUCAUCAUUUCCACCAUCGUGCUGGACAGAGCCCUCCACACUCCCAUGUACUUCUUCCUGGCUGUUCUAUCCUGCUCUGAGACUUGCUACACCUUUGUCAUUGUGCCCAAGAUGCUGGUUGACCUGCUGGCUCAGAAGAAAACCAUCUCCUUUCUGGGCUGUGCUGUCCAGAUGUGUAUUUUCCUCUUCCUUGGCUGCUCCCACUCAUUCCUGCUGGCAGCCAUGGGCUAUGAUCGCUAUGUGGCCAUUUGCAACCCUCUGCGCUACACUGUAAUCAUGGGACCUAGGGUUUGUGGGGGGAUGGUAGCCUCUGCCUGUGCCUGUGGCUUCACAGUUGCACUUGUCACUACCUCCCUUGUGUUUCGUCUGCCCUUCCACUCAUCUAACCAGCUCCAUCACUUCUUCUGUGACAUCUCUCCGGUCCUCAAACUGGCCUCUCACCAUACCAACUUUAGUCAAAUGGUCAUCUUUACACUUGGUGUGUUUGUCCUGGUCAUCCCACUGCUGCUAAUCCUGGUCUCCUACACCUAUAUCAUCUCUGCCAUUCUGAAAAUCCCAUCUUCUGUGGGACGGCACAAGGCCUUCUCAACCUGUGCCUCCCAUCUCAUUGUGGUCACCGUUCAUUAUGGCUGUGCUUCUUUUAUCUAUUUACGACCCAAGUCCAGCUACUCCUCAGGUCAGGAUAGUCUGAUAUCUGUGUCUUACACUAUCCUCACUCCGUUGUUCAAUCCAAUGAUUUACAGUCUGAGAAAUAAGGAGUUUAAAGCAGCCCUGCGAAGAACAAUGGGCCAAAUUUCACUGCCUUCAAUAAAGAGAUGA